AUUUUCGUCAAUCAUGGCCGACAACCAUCGCCAUCGGUCGGGGCCGCUCAAGCAAAAGAACAAGAAGCACAAAGCUGGUCGCCAUGACACCAAGACGUUCUUGACGAAGAAGAGCGGUGGCAAGGUCGAGCGCGCGGUGGUCAAACCGUCCAAAACGGCAGUCAUGGGGACCAAGCAACAGCGCCUCCAAAAAGCCAAACAGUGGAAGCAAAUGAAAAAGGAGGACGUGUGGAACCGCAACCGUCAUGGUGGGUUGGAAGGCGCACCCAAAAUUGUGGCCCUUGUUCCGCUCGGGCAUUCGGCAGACUUGGCUGCGUUGCGCACGACCCUCGUCGAGUCGGCGACCACGGUCGAGUACUCGGACGAUGCCAAGCAGAUUGGUCGGUGCACGAAUGCGUACUUUGCCACACACAAGCAAAAGCUGUCCAUCCUGGAAAGUGGCCAUGAUCUCAUUGGCAUUCUUGACAUGGCCAAGGUUGCGGACAUCUUGGUGUUCGUGCUGCCCAUGUUCCAAGGCCCUGAUGCGUCUGUCGGCCCCGAAGGUGACGCCAUUCUGUCGGCCCUCCGCGCGCAAGGUCUGGUCUCGACUGUUGGCGUCAUUCAAGGGUUGGAAACUCUCCAUGGCAAAGCCGAGUCCGACGCACGAAAGUAUGGCCAUCGUUUCUUCACGACUGAGUUUGGCGAGUCGAUCAAGGUGGCCCAAGGCAACAGCACUGUGCAAGUGCAGCGCGCGGUCCUGACGGCGCAGCCAAAGCUUCUUCAUUGGCGAGAAAUCCGUUCGUACAUGCACGCGAUGGACGUAAAGUACGUGCCCGAAACGCAAGAAAUGCACGUGUCGGGGUACAUUCGUGGCCGUCCGUUGUCAGUACAUCAGCUGCUACACCUCACGGACAUCGGCACGUUUCAAAUGAGCCACAUCUUGAGCCAACCCACGGCUGAAAACGGCAAUCAGCCCGUCAUUUUGGCCACUGCAGACCCUACCAAGCGCGAAGACUUGCAAUUCGAAGCGGAAGUUGACACGUUCGCUGCGGAACAGACGUGGCCCACGGAGGAAGAACUCAAGGAAGCUGCGGCCAGCCGUACCGAAGCCCAGUUUGUCAAUGGCAUGUCGAGCUACCAGGCCGCGUGGAACGUCGACGACGAAGAUGGAGGCGAUGCUGCCAUGGAUGAGGAUCACGACGAAGACGACAAUGACCUGCCUGAUCAAGAGUUUUGCAAAGUUGGUGGCGACGGCACCGCGACGGAAGCCGAUGACGAUGACGACAUGUCCCUUGCCGACGAUGACGAUGAAACCCGCAAGGCGCAACUCGAGGCGCUCCAGGCCGAGCACCAAAUGUUCCCAGACGAAGUCGACGUCCCUGCCGACAGCCUCGGGAAAGAUCGAUUUGCGCGAUACCGUGGCAUGAAGAGUUUUCGCACGAGUCCGUGGGACCCAAAGGAAUCGCUCCCGAUGGACUACGCUCGACUGUUCCAGUUUGAUUCGUUCACAGCGACCCAGAAACGCGUGCUGGACGAAGGCAAGGCCGCGGAAGACCUGUGGAAGCGCACUCAAGAAACUGUCCUCCAUGGCGAGUACGUGGCCAGUGGCUCCUUUGUCACCCUCGUCCUCAUCAACGUCCCCGCCGCUGCGGUGGCCGCCCGCGCGUCCAUCAACCGCGUGUGUGUAUUGAGCUCCCUUCUGCGCCACGAGAACCGGGCGUCCGUGCUCAACUUUUCGCUCCAGCGCCAUGGUCCGUCCGCGGACAUCCCGGUCAAAUCGAAGGACCGCAUGUCGUUCCAUUGCGGCUUCCGGCGCUUUGACGGGUGUCCGAUCUUUUCGGACCAGAACCUCAAAGCCGACAAGCACAAGUUUCAGCGGUUCCUUCCCACGAACGGAUGGUCCGUCGCGUCGGUGUACGGCCCUGCCACGUUCCAGCCCGCGUCGGUCCUCGUAGUGUACCAGAACUCGCUGAUCGCGUCGGGCACGCUUCUCAACGUCGACCCCGACCGCAUCGUGCUCAAGCGCGUCGUCAUCACGGGCACCCCCGUCCGCGUCAAGCGCCGAAAAGCCGUCAUUCGGUACAUGUUUCACUCGCCGGACGACGUGCGUUGGUUCAAGCCGGUCGAGUUGACAACUAAGCACGGCAUGACCGGCCACAUCAAGGAAUCUCUCGGCACGCACGGCGAUUUCAAGGCCAUAUUCAACAAACCGAUCAAGAAUCACGACACCGUGUGCCUGAACCUGUACAAGCGCGUGUACCCGAAGCGAGUCGUGACCGCCUAAGUUUAUUCAUCUUGACACACUCAUUGUUUUGGAACA